CUCUCUCUCUCUCUCGCUUUUCUCUCUCCUUUCCAAACCACGCAGCUCGUUUCCAUGGGAAGUUCCCAAAAAAUUGCGAACCUCCACGCAUCCGUCCCUUUCCUCUCCCGUUCGAGUGCAAAAUCCGCAGCCGCGCGACCGUAAACUUCUUCCUCCGCUAGAUCUCCUUUUCGCUCUCGCCUCCUCUCUCGCAUUCGCCGCCGUCGAUACAUGCGCUCGGACUGUUGCGCUCUCCUCCCGUCUCGAAUGCGACGCUCCCGUCCCGAUCCCGCCGCCCAAUCGUGAUUCCGGCAACUCUCCGCGUUCGACGGUCUCCGGGGAAUCGGGGCGCCGGAUGGAAGGCUUCAGCGCCGAGGAUCUGUCGACGAUCGGCGGGAUCGCGACGGUGUCGCUCCUGCAUUCCUUCAUCCCCACGCACUGGCUCCCUUUCUCCAUCGUCGGCCGCGCCCAGAAGUGGAACCUCUCCCGCACUCUCCUCGUCACUGCAUUUGGGGCAGUUUUGCAUGUAAUUUCUACUUCACUUCUUGGCAUCACUGCUAUUACAAUGGCAAAUACGAUUGCUGGCGAAGAAACAGUCCAUAAACUUGCUUCUCUUUUGCUUGUAAUUCUCGGUGGUGGCUACGUGUUGUUGUUUAUUUCCGGAAAGGGUGGUCACAGUCAUUCACACAACCAACCUAUGGAGAAAAUGGCUGUUGCCGGUCUGGUUCUCGUACCAGCAUUAUCUCCUUGUGCGACCACACUUCCUGUGUUUCUUGCCGUGGGAAACUCAUCUUCCAUGAUGGUACUUGCCAUCAUUGUGCUGCUCUUCAGCACCAUAACUGUGAUGACCUCAUUGGUGGCUCUCUCGUUUUAUGGAGCUAGCCAGCUGAAAUUCCACUGGGUGGAGCGGUAUGACAAGCUUCUUGUAGGCUCAGUCCUCUGCUUGGUGGGAAUACUAACUCUCCUUUUUCAUGAUCACGAUCAUAAUGGCGAUGUGGGUUCUGGAGGACAGCAUGUGCAUAGGAAAGUCAUUGGGUUCUGAUAUCUUUUGUUUCUUCCGCGUAUGUCGUUGGCGAUCGGCAGAAAAUGUUCUGUUAUCUGGAUUAGGUAACCCUGCUCGUGUGCUGCUUGUUUUGGCACGAGCUAGUUAUGAGGCCGAUUUCCCCUUGCCUUCCAGAAUCGUUCAAGCGCGGGUCCUUUUUGGGAGGAGGGGAGAGGAAUUCUGUGCCAUGUUCUUUCACGAGAUGAUACUCUUAAAUCAUUUUACCAACGCUUAUACUAAUGAAGCCAAGUGUAAUUUCAAUUGCCUUUUCCUAUUGCUAUGUGGGGAUUCAAUUCGAGUGGAUUGCACAUUGAACAGUGGUUGCAUGUAUGUAUAUAUUUCCACUUAGAAUCCGUUUGUUUGAAGGGAAGUUGUUUUUUGGAAAGUCCAUUUAUUUGAAGGAAAA